AUGUUCGGAAAACUGGACCGCGUGUAUGUCUUUGAGCCGAGCAGAGACCUCGGAGCGAUGCUGCGCGAGGCGACGAAGCACGCCGUGUUCGUGGGCGACCACUACCCGGAUAUGGACGUCGACGAGUUCUUCAUCCACACUCUCAACGUGCGCCGGUGUAUCGACGAGACCCAGGCCCUUAGCAGGGUCUACGUCAUGCCGCUCGAGCGCGACGACGGCACCACCACCACCACCAGUGGCCUGCACCAAAUCCACUUGAUGUUCAUCGCGGGCCGCGAGGUCAUUAACGGCCUGACAUCAAUGCGGUGGAUGUCUUAG